AAACUUAAAAUCAAGUUUUAGUUUUAGACUUGGUCCUCCCUCCUAAAUUCAAAUGUAAGCAACCACAAUUCCCAAUGAAAUUGUUUUCUAAUAAAUACUUCAAUUAUGUUACUACUUACGUUAUCCAACUGCUAACUUCUGUAUUUUUUUUUUGAGACAGCAAAUUUUAAGACAUUUUAAAUGUUUGCUUGUGAUAUAGCAAGACUGUUUUUGUAGAGCUAGUACAAUAGCUUGGUUGUGUGGAUUCAGACAUCUCAAGAGUUGAUAUUCACUUACUAACAUAGUGUUUCUUUUGGUGGAUAAUUGUAAUAAUUUUGCUAAAUGAUUGAAUAAAUGCCCUUCAGAACUCAGUUCUAUUUGAUUAUAGAGACAAUGAUGCAAUGCAAUUUUUCAAGUAACAUUUAGUAAUUAAAUGCCUUUCAUGUUUCUUCUUAACUUUGCUGUUGCUGUCUCCUUAAAAAAAUGGAAUUUUUCGUUGUGACCAUGCAUCUGUCUGAAAAUUAUUGGCUAUUGUAAGUACCAGGCAAGAGAUCUCAUCUACAGACAUGGAUAGUUUGCCAUUUUCAAACUCUGGGGGUCCAUCACUGGCUGACCUACUUCAAGAGCACCAGGAAAGUAAUUCAAGCCACUGUUCUUUGUCUGAUCUUUAUAACCAAACAUCUAUGAGUUUUAUAGAUUUGAAAUUGGGAUCCUCACCAUUGUCACAACUAGCUGGUCAACAUCAAGCUGCAACAGGGAUGUCAGAAUUAACAGGAUCUCUGUCUUCUCUGGCAUUGUCUCAGGCUUCUCCAGUAAGAGAACUUGAGAAUUUGUCACUUUCAGAUUUAAUUGCGGAAACCAUUGAAGUAGAUAAUCCUCAAGAAGCAAAAGACUGUUUGAGGUUCAGUAUAGCUGAAAUGUGGCCUCCUGCAGGAGUAAACACAAACAUUGACUUAAGUGUCCUUAUAAAAAAUCCAGAAGUAUCUGCAGAAGCAGUAGCACGCCAGUCAAAUACCAUAGUCCCAGAAACUAAAGUUUUAAGUUCAAAGCAAGGAAAAAGUAUUAUUUUAGUUAAAGGAAAUAAAAAAAGCAAAAAAGGACGUAUUUCUAAGAGCCAGGAUCUGUCUCUCUCAUGGAUGAAGGCUCUUUGUGCCAGACCGUCAGCUUUUGCUUUAACAUUGUGUCUCCGUUAUCCUUCAAAAGGAUGUAAAAGGCGCACAAUUGAUAUCCAUAAGACUUUCCUAUACAGUAGGCAAGUAAAAGAAGUAAAAAAUAAGGAAAUUGACCCUUUAAUAUCAAUAACACCAUUUGACUUUAAAUCAGCAUCUCCUGAUGACAUUGCAAAAGCUGGACAAAAAAGAGCCUUUACAAGAGACUAGUGUAAAGUAGGGGAAAGAAAUAGAAUUUAUCCUUCAGAGCCUUUUGAAAUGAUUUUAUAAAUUUUGUAUUGGGUGACUUUAUGACCUAGAAUUCACAUUCUAUAUUUUUUAAUUAUACAUUUGAUAAUUCUCAACAAAUACUUCGUGAUCAAAAAAUUUGUGAACUUUUAAACUACUGCACUGAGUGUCUGUAUUUUUAUUUUUUUGCAUACUUUUCAUUAAGAUACAACAUCUUAAUUUUCACAAACUCUUAAUCUUUAAUACAUAGGAAUUGCACAUAUAUAGAAUACUACUAUACAAAAGUACAUUUCUAAGUAAGAAAAAAUAGACUUAAUUUGGGGAAAAAAAAUCCUACCUAUACCAUUCUAUUUUAUUGUUUGGUUAUAUUGCAGAACAAAACCUAGAAUCGAUAUUGCUCUGGAUUAAUUUUAUUAGAUGUACUUAAAUUUAAAGUUUCUGGUAGGUUACAUAAUUAAACUGUCUUGUGGCACCAUUUAAUUUCCAACUGUUGCUCAUUUCAUUCUCAAUUUCAUUAUUCUUUUGUAUACUUUGGUCAUAGUGAUGUCACUAAUCUUAGAAAAUUAUCAUAUGUUCUCAAAAGCUCCAGUUAUUUAAAAGAAAUAACCCCAGAAAAAUCAGUCAGACCACUAUACCUGAUGAUGAGCCAUUUGCUAGCUUUUUGGUGGGACCAGACUUUCUUAUGACAACAAAGUACUAUAACUUAAGGUUACAAUUUUUAUAUCUGUUCAAAACAUCCAAGUGUUAAACUGGGCAUUUAAAGAAUAUUGGAAAACAAUUGUGUGCAUAGUAUAUAUUUCAUCAAAUUUUUUCCAGUUGGAAUCCAUCACCUAUUUUAAGUCUGUUUUAAGUGUGUUGGAAGAAAAAUGUUCUUUUUUUCCCCUUUGGCAUUAGUCAUGCCUAGUCAAAAGGGAAUGACAAGCUAUGGGUGCUAUUUCUCCUUUUAGGAAAAAGUUGCCUUUAGUAAUAGAAAUGUGUAAUGUUGCAUUCACUUUUCUUGCUGGAGCCAGUGCUCGUUAUUUUGAGUCUUAAUAUGUGAGGCCAAAGUCAGGUCUUGAACUUCAUUUCUUAUCCAAUAGUCAUUGGACUCUGAUACUGUCUAUAGGUAGUCAUACCUUUACAGAGGUGUUUGUCAAAUAUUAGUAGUUUUUCACUUGGAUUCAUGGACUACCAGUCGGUAUUUUCAACUGUCAAUCUGCAGUAUAUCCUAUACAAGUACUAUUAUUACUAGAAAAAUAGACUUGUUUAUAGUUUACCGUAACUUUAUUCAGAUAUAACCAGGAAACUGUUAUGAAAUAAUGGGUUAAAUCUUAAUGGUGGAGCUUUAAUAAGUUGAUUUAUAAAAAAGAAACCUUAAUAUUUAGUAUUGUUCCUAGGUUUAAGUAGCAAUGUCAGUUUAGUUAUAAAAAUGUAUUUGAAAGCACUGGAAUGCAGAUUACAUUUGCUGUACACUAAUUUGUUUAGCUGGUAGACAUUUGUAAAUUGUCACUAUUUAGGGAAUUCUUCAAACAUAUGAGUAUCAGACUUUUUUUGUAUUGAAGUGUUUUUGAUCUUCUAAAUUCUCCAGAAUAGAGUUCAUGGUUCUAGUGCCUUUUAAUAAAGAUGGUAGCACCGCAGUGUUUAUAUUCUAACUGAUCAGCUUGAUUUUUGUUUGUUUAGUCACUCAUAUCCAGAAGCCUUUAGGAGCCUUCAGUAGGUUAAAACAUAAUUAAUGUAAACAUAGCUUGUUUAGGUAAAUCAAAGAGCAGAAAUAAAACUCAACAUCCUCCUAUUUUGCUCACAAAUUAUAUAUAUUUUCCCCAACAUAAACUACAUGGAAACAGUUUCUUGAGCCUUAUCCUGAAGGAUGUCACUUUUUCUCAAAUUAUCAGAAGAACUUUCUGCUGUCUCACACCUUAAACAGAGAAAGCUCUAGAUGACUUUUGUUGCUAUCACAGGGCAAUCCUCAAGUACGCUAGUUCUUUUAUCAUUUAAGAUUUUCAUAGUAAGUACUCCAAUUUUACUUGCUGAACAAUAAGCAAACAAGAUAGAUCAGAGUGAGGCUAUUCGCUGGCUCAAAAUACUCACAGAAUAAUUCAGAAAUGUUUUUAAAAAAAUCUUCAUUCUAGUUAUCUGAUUUCUGAAGUCUCUCUAAAUAUGAACAGCCCUUUACUUGAUAUCUAGAAUCAAUUUUUCCUAUUAAGAUUUUGGGUCUUAUCUGAAGAAUUUGUGCAAUAGACAGUUCUCCAAAUUUUUUUUAAAUGGGAUAGUGUGCUACCAGAGAUGAAAAAAUUGUUUAACAUUUUAAUAGUUUUCUUUUUAAUGGCCCAGUCUUUUUUAGUUUACUUUAGGUGAUUUUGCUCUUUUCUUGUUCCUGCCGCUUCCUCAUGGCUUGAAUUAGCUUUUCUAAUGGAGGUGUUUCUAAUCUCUGGUGGAAGAAUUGCUAUUAUAUUUAGUGGAGUAAAUUGUUUCUUUGCUUCUGCUGCUUCUGUCUAGUCUUAUUGUAUUGUCUCUGUUCUCUCAUUUCCUCUUUGCUACUCUUCUCCCAAACCCUUUUUUAACAUUAGAUGCUGCUAGCAGUUUUAGAGCCAAAUUCUGCACAAAUCAUACCUGCACAGAACUCCUGUUGAUUUAAUCACAAGUUACGUGCAAGUCUCUGAUGAAAGAAUUCAGCACUUAGAACCCAGUCCUGCAAUGAUAUCUGUGCAGAUGAAGCCAUGGGCCUAUGCCGCGCUCCAUUGACUUCAGUCGGACUCCAACCACAUAUGGCUGUCCACCCACACAGAUGUCAUUGCAGAUUGGGGCCUCAGUGUCUAACUUUACAUGUAAGUACUAGGUGACUAACCCUUAAUAUUUCUCAGAUCUGUUGCUUUAGUACUGUUGGUGAUCCUGAAGAUGCUAUGCAUAAUGCUGUUCAGCAGGAUAAAAAUCAUGCGGCGUGUGGUGGGGAUUGUCUGUCCAGACUGUAAUCCUGCAGCCUGAAAUGAUCCUUGAAUAAAUAUGCACAGAGGGUAAAAUUUUCAAAAGGACUAAACUGACAUCCUACAUCACUUAGGAGCCUAACUUCCAUUUAAUACAAUGAGACUUAGGCCCCUGUGCCACUUAGGCACUUUUGAAAAUUUUACCCACAGUUUUGAUUUUUAACUAAAUGGUAGCAUGUUACUGUAUUUUUAAAACUGAAACGGGUGUGUAAAUAAAUUACUCAAUAAGAACUAUGUUUAUGUGGUUCACCACAGAAAAUUCUUAAUUUUCUUAAACUACCGCAUGAUAUUAUGGCACCUGGAAUUUUCGUAUAGCAUAUUGUUGAUUGGUUCCAAAAAUGUUUCUACUUAAUGAACAUUAAAAUCUGUUAGUGAAAUCACUUUUUGUUUACAUUUUAUAUAACAUAGUCAGGGAGGUGGUUUGUUAUAAAUAUUUCCUUAAUGGUUUGCAGCCAGCCUGUAACUUGGCAUGUGUGUAUAUGGGUCACUUGUAUUAAUUGCUUACAUAUUGAUAUUCAGAUUUUGAAAUCAUAAAGUAUUUGUGUCUAUGCACACACAAUAUAUACAUGAAAGAAAGCAUUAAGCUACAUGGAAUAUACUGCUUACACUGUUCAGACUGUUGUACAAAAGAUACUUUACAUUAAAUUGUUUUUAUAUAUAAUUUUUUAAAAUUCGGUGUGUCAUUUAGUUUUUUUUAAUGAAAUUGCUUUGUGAAUACUGCUUUUCAUUUAUGUACAAAAAAAUAAAACACUUCGUAAAGACUGAUUAAAUAACACAUGAUUUCUUGCUA